CUUAAAGAUAAGUGAACCAUAGAACUCAUAAUUCUGUAAAUCUGAAUUCACCAAAAAUCACUUUACAAACAACAGCUUAAGAACUAUAAAUAAUAUGCUUCUGUGUUCACUUAUAAGGGGGAAAUAUUCAGCCUUUCUUUUUUUUUUUGGUUUUUUUUUUUUUAUCCCAAUGAUCUUUAUGUGUUGCAAUUUAUCACAACCCUGAUCCUGAACAUGUGUUAAAGAGCACUGUUCAACCCACAUAAUAUUUCUGAGGAGUUUCCUCAAGUUUGACUCACAAGAACUGUGGGAAGCAGAUUACUUGGGAGGAAAUGAACAUCACGCAUUUCACCAUUGCGAUAAUGAUUCGCUUGAUUGUGUUGGCGUUGAUCCUUAAUAUAGUUGGCAGCGAUGAACUCACCUUCGUCACCGCAAGUUGCAGAGAUGACAUAACAUUGCACUGUACUUUCCAUAAAAACUGUCAGAACUACACCUCUGUUACGUGGUACAAGUUCUACAAUAACAGCAGUGACAGAUCUACAACAAUGACAAUCCUCAUAAAGUCAGAAAAUGUUAUCCAGACUAAUAAACUCAACGAUUCUGUGUCACUGGAUAAAAAUGCAUCUUUGGUCUUAAGGAAAGUUGCUCCUGCCGAUUCUGGGACCUACAAGUGUUUAAUUAGAGCCAAAGCUGGAGGAAUGAACUGUCAAAAUCUGGUUAGACUUAAUAUCUCAGAUUGUAUGUCAACAGCUUCACCCACCAUCUUUGAUUUCUCCACCAAGUUUAUUAAUGAAUCAUGGGCAAACAUUAGCAUCCCAUUGCCUCGUGUGAAUGAUGGUUCAGUGCUCUUUGUCCUUUGGGGGUGUGUAGGACUGGCUGUGAGUAAACUUGUCCUCAGUGCCAUUUGCAUAUGGGUUUUCAAGGAGCUCAGUAAACUUAAAAGAAGACAAACUGAAGACCAAAAACGGUUUACCUGCCAUAUGGUUUAGUAAUUUAUUAUCAUCAUUUUAAUAAUUCAUCUGUGAAUUUACCUGUGAAUAAUACACUUAAUGCAACAGUCAUGAUGAAACCAUAUUGAUACUCGGAGGAACUGAUCUUUAUAUCUGUUAUAUUUAUUUCCACAAUACAUAUCCUUAUCAGUGUUAUUUUGGAAUGAUUUAUACACUGUAAAAAGUGAAAGUUGACUUAACUUAAAAAAAUUGAGGAAACCCGUUGCCUUAAAAUUAUUAAGUACAUAAUAAUAAUAAUAAUAAUAAAAA